AUGCCUGGAACAGUAGCAGAUGGACCGACCGUCUCGAUGUCCUUUGCCAACAAUUUUUGGGGCAAGGAUGAUGCAGGCGUUCAACCUAUGCUUGAUCGCAUGCAUGGUUCGAAGAGUACCAGCGACGAACUAAAAGCUUUCUACAAUGUCCGAGCCGCGAUCGAAGAUGAAUACGCGCGAAAGCUCCAGGCGCUCUGUCGCAAAUCGCUGGGGUCUUGCGAAACGGGCUCAUUGCGUACAUCGCUGGAUGUGGUCCGUGGAGAAACAGAAGCCAUCGCCAAGGCACACUCGGCCAUCGCGGGCCAGAUGAAGAGUGAGCUGGAAGAGCCCCUCGUGGCUUUUGCCAGCGGGCUGAAGGAGAGACGAAAAAUUAUCCAGACGGGGAUUGAACGGUUGCACAAGACUAAAGUGCAACAGACCCAGGUUGUCAACAAGACUCGGGACCGUUACGAGCAGGACUGUCUUCGCAUUAAGGGUUACCUUGCCCAAGGACAUAUGGUGAUGGGUCAGGAGGAACGCAAAAAUAAGGCCAAGCUUGAGAAGACCCAAAUUCAGCUGGCUUCAAAUAGCAAUGACUACGAGGCCGCCGUCAAAACCCUCGAGGAAACCACUGGGCGUUGGAAUAAGGAAUGGAAGUCGGCUUGCGAUAAAUUCCAAGAUUUGGAAGAAGAGCGUCUCGACUUUACGAAGAGCAGUCUUUGGACCUAUGCAAACAUUGCAUCAACUGUUUGUGUCAGCGAUGACGCUUCUUGCGAAAAGAUUCGCCUGUCAUUGGAGAACUGCGAGGUGGAGAAGGAUAUCGUCUACUUCAUCAAGGAAAGAGGAACCGGCCAAGAGAUCCCUGAUCCCCCGCGUUUCAUCAACUUUUGCCGUGGCGACGUUGACGAUGCCGCGUCGGACAUGGGUGAAGAAGAUGGCUACUCGGUUGCUCAGUUCCAGCGUACUAUGAACCCGGCAUUCCGCACCUCCUCUCCUCAACCGUCAACCUUUGAGUCCCAUAAUGACCCCCAGUCCGAUCUUGCAGCCCAAAUGGGUCAUGCUGCGCCUCCUCCGGCGAACAACGCUCAACAACCUGCACCUCUGGACCUCCGGCGAGGCGGCCAGUUGCCUCCUAACUACGACCCUGAUCAGCAUGGUGAAAUCAAUGCUGUUCCUCACAACGCCUAUCCCGCAGAUGGUAUGACUAUGUUCUGUCGAGCGGGACCGCCGUCCGAACGAAGCUCGGCGACCAGCGCUUACCGCCCAUCGAGCCGUGACUCUCAAAGCGAAGUGUCGAAUCCCACCUCGAUGUCGAGUGUAGAGCCGGUCAAUUCGAGACAGUCUCCAACAAAACCCGCACCCUCGAAUCCUGCCCCACCGCCAGCCGCUAGCGAGGAGAAGCAAACUCCGAAGAAGCGAACUACCUUCUUCAGCAACAGCCCCUUCCGUCGCAAGAGUCGCCAUGAAAAGGAGAGGCCGACUCUUGCUUCGCUGCCCUCCCGCAGCGGUUGGGAUUCACCGGCCAAGCAAGCUAGCCCGGCCAAACCCUCUCCAAGCCAGGUUGAUCGUCCUUCCGGCAGCCCUGAGCCCGUUGAUCCUCGGGCCAACUUCCAGCUGAAUGUUGGGAACAAUGUCUUCGACGUGGCUUCGCCCGAAAAGAAUUCGCUCAAAAAGGGAUCGCAGCCGGCCAAGGCGCCCGAGGAUGACCUGGAUCCGAUUGCCCGCGCUCUAGCAGACUUGAAGACCACCAGCAAGCAGUCGGCCAAUCGAGUCUCAGCCGACAGAUAUCACGGCAUCCAGACACCCACCCCUUGCGCAACUUCUUCCGCGUAUGGCAGCAACUCAUCUGCCGCCGCUCCACCACCGGCAUACAAUGAUCCUACUGUGAAGCGCCUUGAUGCCCCUCAACCGGCUUUUACCUCCAAGCAGAUGCAAAAGACUACCCAGCGAUAUACUGGUCAGGCCCAGAGCAUGCUGCGAGGUGGAAGCAAUAACCCUGGCAUGGCUGCCAGGGACAGCGGUCCAAGUCAAGAUAUUCCUCGUGCGCGGUCCCCGGCGCCGGCGGCGAGACGCAGUGCCAGUCCCCAGGUUUCGCCUCGCGUGGACACGCGAAUGAGUCAAUACAGUGGUGGGAGAGCCAGCCCCAGUCCGUCUACCUAUCAGUCGAACAGCAUGGGGAGCCGUUACAGCCAGUCUCCGACUCCACGCCGGGCUCAGGACCAGCCCUUCUCUCCCAAUGAUUACAACAGAAGAGCCUCCCCGGCUGUCUCGCAUCGUGCAGUGUCUCCUCAGCCUCAAUUCAGGCAGCAGACCCGUCCUUCCAGUGCCGGAGGCAUGGAGUUGCAACUGUCUGGCAACCAGAUGGAAAUGUACGGUGGCGGCAGUCGUGACGGAUAUGGUUCGCCCCGGCGCGAUGGUCGACCCAUGUCGUACUAUGGUGAUGGCGGUGCUCCGCCGAUAGGCCGAACCCGAAGCCGCACCCUUGCCGUCGCUGAUCCCGGCAGGCAAUUCAGUCGUGAUGGCCGACCAAUUUUGCAUUUCGCUCGUGCAAUGUACAGCUACACUGCCGCAAUCCCUGAGGAGCUUGGUUUCACCAAAGGCGAUGUCCUGGCGGUCCUUCGUCUUCAGGACGACGGAUGGUGGGAAGCCGAAGUCACCAACUCGCGUGGCCAUCCUGGUCUGGUGCCGAGCAACUACUUGCAGAUCAUCUAA